AAUGAAGGAUUUGUUUCGAUCUGUUUCAGGGUCGAUCUCCCUCCACGCCCACAGGUGGCGCUGUGCUUCACUGUGGACUUGAACGGGAUAGAAGAGGGUUGGGGAAACCGUUCAAAUCUCACCGGUGAUUCUUUCAAAAAGGGAUUAUUUUUAGACAUCGAGCGAUUACAUUUAGGUUCCGCAUGGUUCUGCGUGUCGUUUCCAAGUGUUGGUGGUUUUUCUGAGCCCUCCACCAUGUCUUCCAACUAUCCUUACCAGCGGUCGCUGCCUGACUCUGACCUCCGACCUGACCCACGUCGUUCCAGCUCGGCGCCAGACGCCAACCUUUACAGACGUCCACAUGAGUCUUUCUCUACGCCCUCAUAUUCCUUGUCGUCGUCCAGAGGUUCUGCGGCGCCGCCAUCUUCCCAGGAUGGAGUCCUCAGCAUCCUGAGCAGCUGCGGUCUGGAACCUGAAGAUCUGUCUGUACUGGCCGAGCUACCUGAGGACGUCCUGACGGUGGACUCGCUGCCACACAUCCUCAAACAGAUCAAAGGGAAGAGGGGCGGCGGUGAACCUUUGCCUCCUACCGCCUCCUCGUCUUCUUUCCCCUCCAUCUCCGCCCCUCGGCCCUCGGCCAGCUUUUCCCACAGGGAUAGAGAUGAGCAGCACAGCCAGCUGGUUCAGUACCCGCUGGGCCAUAUCUCAUCCUCCACUUCCAAGUCUGACAUCCCCUCCAACCGCUGGGAGAGUCCCUCGACCUUCAGCUCUGUCAGGUCUCCACCCGCAACCUCUUCUUCAUUCAGACACAAGACGGACUUCGACUACAGGCCCAGUCACUCUGAUUAUGGUAAGACUGCUCUGACCCCCUCAGCGGCACCAGCACCACAAGUCUUUCCUUCUCGCUUCUCUGGUCUCGGACCAACUGGACACAGAGCAGUUCCUCCUCCUGAUGAGCGCCGGUCCAAAGCCUGGGAGGCCAGGCCCUCCUCCGGGUCGUUGUUUGGAUCUUCAUCUGGAAGGAGCAGCAGGUUCUCCAGCUCAAUGCCUUCAAAGAAAGAAGCUCAGGACUUCCAUGGGAUGGCUCCGGAAGUGUUCCCGUACUCGUGCUCUCUGUGUGACAUCACUGUGCUCUCUGAGAAGGCCUGGACCCAGCACACAAACUGCACUCAGCAUGCAGACGGACAGCUCAAACUGCUGCAGAGGUUUCCUCACUGGGACUGUCGUUUGAAGAACAUCAGAAGUGAUGAAAGCAAAUCAGAGAGGUGGAAGGAUGAAAGAAGGCCCGCUCGAACAGCAAAAGAACCAGAGAAGAAGAACCCGAGUCAGAGCCAAGCCCCGCAGGCGGAUAAGGCGCUGCAGAAGCCGGCCUCUGAUAGAGGGAAGGUGGUCUGUGUGAAGUUUCCAGCUCAGUCUGUAGACGAGGCGUAUCUCAGAAAACUGACAGAACCUUUUGGGAAAAUCCUUAAGAUCCUGAUGUUUCCAUCUUUGGCGUUCGUGGAGCUGGGAUCCAUCGAUCAGGCCAAGGACUUGGUGAAGUUUCACACCAACUAUCCUCCAACCGUUAACGGAAAGCAGAUUGAGUUCAGCAUCUCCAGCACCUUCAGCUUUCUACAGAGCUCCCAGGUGGUGAGUUUCACUCCGGCUCCGGACGGAAAGGACGGAUACUCGGAUCUGAUCAGCAUCGUGAAGCGGUUCGGGGCACCGCUCUACACUCUGGUCCUGCCGUCCAAGGUGCUUGUUGAGAUGAAAAGCUCUGCUGAAGCUCAGAAGCUGGUCAACUAUUACUCCUCAAACAAGCUGAAGAUCAACGACAGCAUCAUCAGAGUGGCCUUCUCUGAUGAGUACAGGAGCCUGCUGAAGGUUUCAUUAGCCAAGAAAUAUGAAGAGGAGGAACCAGCCAAGGACUCGGACCUCAGAAGACCGACAAGGACCAGAAGCAGGUCCAGGUCAAGAGGCAGAUCCAGAGAUUCAAAGAGCUCCAGAACCCGGUCCAGAUCCAGACAAAGAUCGGAGAGGAGCAGGAGGAGCAGAUCAAGAGACGGCAAAAUGUCCAGAAGAUACCGCAGAACCAGGUCCAGAUCCAAAGACGGCUCAGAGAGAAGCAGAACCAGGUCCAAGUCCAUAGAACAGUCCAGCAAUUCCUCCAGACAGAACCAGAAUAAAGAGAAUUCAAAGGAAGCAGAGCCUCCUAGAGAGGAGCAGCAGACAAUCACAGCUGACAUCAGACGUGAAGAACCUGCUGCUGCUGGUGAGGAGGAGGAGAAGGAGAAGCUGGAGGAGGAGGACAGCAUGUCCACAGACGAGGGGAUGGAGGUGAUCGCGGAGGACGGGAAGAUGAUCAAGGAUGAAGACGAGGAAAGCCUGAAGGAGGAAGAGGACAUGGAGGAAGAAGAACAGGAGAAGAAGAUGGAAACUGAGGUUGAGGAGAUGGACGUGAAGGAUGCAGGCGCUGAAGAUCAGGAGGAGAGGGUGAAGGAGAUGAGUGAGAUGAAGGAGGAGGAAGAGGAGGAGACGGAGGAUGCUGGUUUCCCUGUGGACCUGGAGAACUGCAUCACUCUGGAUGAAGUUCACUCAGAUGAUCAAGGUGAAGGUGACGGCGGUGAAGAGUCUGAGUUGGAGUCCAGCAGGGUGGUGUCCUUCAGCUCCGUGCCGCAGUGUUGCACUGACGCAGAGCUCAUUAAAGUCAUGAGAGGCUUCGGGACGGUGGUUCGAUACCUGUUGAACCAACAGCAGGCCUCUGUGGAGAUGUCCAGUCCCUCAGAGGCUCAAAAAGCUGCAGAGGAGCUGAACUCCAAAUGCAUCAGCAUCAACGGCUGCAGGCUGAUCGGCUUCGUGUCCCGUGAAAACAUCCGACUCGCCGACGGACGGGACGUCACAGGAGACGAAGAUGAGGAGAGGAAGAGUGACCCAAGAAAUGAGACAAGCGAAAGACUGGAACCCACAAACUCAGAACCAGGAGAGGCCAGAGAGGAGGCUCAUGGGAAACAGGCUUUAGAGGAGGUUGUUCAGGAAGGAGAAGAGACGCCAGAGACGAGUCAAGAGUCUCCUUCAGACAAGACGGAAGAAAACGAAACUGAGAGAAAACCUCCAGGAAGAAGAGACACUGUGAAAAGAAAAGGUGCUCCUCAGAACAGGAGGGGGUCUCCAAAAUCUCAGAGGACACAUGAGGAAAAAAUAACAGUGUCAAACGCUCCCGAAGUUUCUGAGGACGAGAAUCGGCCUGAUGGUCAGGAUCUCCAACAGCAAAGAGGAACAGAGGGGCUGAGCGACUCUGGUGAACCUGAGGUGACAGAUCAUCCAGAAACAGCUGAACAGAAUUCUGAGGCAGCACCACCACUUGCACCUGUGGGGGGCGCCACUGAGGCAGAAAAAACAGCUAAAGCCGUUGGAACAGAGUUUGUGCGUCCGGUUGUGGGUUAUUACUGCAACCUGUGUCAGCUGAUCUUCUAUGAUGAGGAUGAAGCAAAGGGGGACCACUGCCGCACACCGGCCCACUACGCCAAAUAUCAGGAGAAGACGGGGAAAGAUCCAUGGACGAGCUGAACUCAUCGAGACUGAAGAUCUCCUGCAGAACUCUAAAGGAAACAGGAUUUUUAAUUGGUUCAAGUUGUAAAAAUAAAAAAAACUGUUGAAUGUGA